AUGGCUACCCGCCUGAAAACUGACCAGCGGGUACUCAAUGUCCUGAUCUACGCAGGAGCGGGAGUAACCCCCGAAUGUCUCCGCCAAUGCACCGAGUCCCUGAAGCGUCUCGUGGGAUCCAAGUACGCUGUUUCCCACAUAACAGCAUCGAUUCUCAAGACCGAACCCUGGCAGUCAACUUGUGCUCUGUUGGUCUUUCCUGGUGGCGCCGACCUCCCCUUCUGUCGCGACCUCAACGGCCCCGGCAACCGCGUCAUUGCCGACUACGUCCGCAACGGAGGAGCUUACUUGGGCUUCUGUGCCGGAGGCUACUAUGGCAGCGGCCAGUGUUGGUUUCAGCUCGAUGACCCAAGCCAGGAUGUCAAGGGCCCGAGAGAGCUGGCUUUCUUCCCGGGCACUUGCGGUGGUCCUGCCUUCAAGGGAUUCCAAUACCACUGUGAAAUGGGCGCCAAGGCUGCCAAACUUUCUGUGAGAAAGGAAGCCUUCACUGGUGGCCAAGCGCCGCCUGAUGUCUUCAAAUCGUACUACAAUGGAGGCGGAGUCUUCCUCAAUGCCGAGGCGAUGGAAUCCGACGGGGUCGAAAUCCUUGCCGAAUAUGCAGACCGUAUCGAUUUCCCGUCUGGUAAGACACAGGCUGCUGUGGUAUUUUGCAAGGUUGGUCAGGGUAGAGCCAUACUCACAGGACCACACCCAGAAUUCUCUGGCACCUCUUUGAAAUCGCAGCCUGACAUCCCGGGUUACGACAAGCUUGUAGAGGAGGUGACGGCGGACGAAAGUGCACGACUGGAAUUCCUUGCGGCAUGUCUCAGCAAGAUGGGGCUGUCACUCUCUCCCAAGGCUGCAUGGGAUGAUAUUCCCCGACUAACGACCAUGUUGAACAUCUACUGCCAGGGAGGGCACCUUGAGUCCCUCCUAAACCGCCUCACGGGGCGAAGCUAUGCGGUCAUAACUGAUGGGAGCAUCUGGCUCGAGGAUAAGUACGGAUCGGAUAUGUUCCAUCUCGAGUGGACUACUGACGGCUCAUGGUCAACCAACUACGAACCACGAAAGUCUGACAAAAUUACUUGGCGACUCAAUGUUGGCUCUAAGGUAGCAGGCCAAGGUGACGACGAGUCAGGCACAGAGUUUGACCACGACAUUUACUACGCCAGCCUGGAAGAAUUUAGAACGCUUGAAUCCAGCCGUGGGUUCAGUACAUGGAAGCAAGCAUUGGGGACGACACAUGGCGCAUGGUGUCCGACCCUAAGCUGGGGCAACCACUUGAUGUAUGGGGACACUGUCACGAGUACUAAUACUUUGCUCUCAAGCAACCCCCAGCUUCUUUCCAAACUAGAAUCCGGCUUCACCUUUACCGCCACUCGCCAGGUGGCAGGCCGGGGCCGGGGCAACAACGUCUGGGUCUCCCCCGCCGGCUGCUUGAUAAUGUCAACGGUCAUCAACCACUCAGCGAAUGUAAUUGCUUCACGCCCGUUAGGCUUCUUCAAUUACCUGGCGGCAAUUGCUAUCGUCGAGGCGAUCAAGGGAUACGACCACGAGGAUGACAUUUACCAAAAGUUGGACGUCAAGAUCAAGUGGCCGAACGACAUCUACGUUCGAGACCCGAGCAAGCCCAACGAGCCAGCCUACGUCAAAGUUGGCGGUAUCCUCGCCAACUGUUCUUACAGCGCUCCGAAUUAUCAGGUUGUCCUCGGCAUCGGACUCAACACGAACAACGCCCAACCCACGACCAGUCUCGAUGCACUUCUUAAGUGGACUGCUAGCAUGCUAGAAGGCGAAAAGCCAUCUCCACCGCCGUUCAACAGAGAACGCCUGGUGGCCAGAAUUGUCAUCUGCCUCGAGAUCCUCUACGACCACUUCCUGCGGAAGGGCUUCUCGGACGAGGUGGAAGCCUUGUACUACAAGCAUUGGCUGCAUACCAACCAGAUCGUCACCCUUGAAGAUGAAGACGGCGUGAAGGCCCGCGUACUGGGUAUCACCAAGGACCAAGGCCUUCUGGUGGCCGAGGAGGUCAUGGAGGACGGCAUCGAACUGAACUCGUGGAAGGGAACGGGCACAAUGUUCCAGUUGCAGAGCGACGAGAACGGGUUCGACUACUGGAAGGGACUGAUCAAGAGGAAGGUCUAG